GUGCCAACCCCAACCGCGCUGAAUUUAAAAUUAUUUAAAACAAAUGUCACUUCUCUCGAAAUUUCGUCAAUGGCCUCAGCGGACGCGACCAAACACCGUUCAUCCCAUCCAGACAAGAACAGGAGAAACGCUCCCGUUUCAGAGAGGUUUCAACUGACUGAAAGGUUAACAACAUAGGUCUCUUACAUACGAGACGCUCACACUAAUGAAUGGGAUCUUCAGAUUCGGCGGAGCGUUCCACCUAUGAACCUGCACAAUGUCAAAAUUCGGGCGUCUCAGAGCCAGUUUCCACACUGCCUGUCCGUUCUUGUCCUAAAAAUGGCUUCGUGACCUGGCCUUCGGCUACUUGGUACGAACUCUCCGUGGUUCCCGGAAUCUCGUUCUGCUCGUCUUGUUGCGAAAAGCACAUCGCGGCAACUCGGUUCAGCCAGGCAUUUAGGGAAAUUUCUCCUCUUCCGCCCCAUCCAAUGAACUGUGGUUACUGGGCACCACGCGUGCGACUUCUCUUCGAAGGAGCCCUUAAGUCUGGAGAUUUGUCCCCACUUGUUGCAUAUCUCGAAAUGAGGACUUCAAUACCAAAUUGUGUGGGAUACAACGGGUACAUUCCAGGACCCGAACCACGCACGGAAUGGUUCACUCUCAAAGCAAAUAUCAAUAAUCCCAAUAAUCCCUUGUCUAACUUUAUCGUUUGUCGUGCGUGCUAUGACGAUGUCGUGAUGGCGACUCCUCAUCAUAUCCAUUUUCGAAAGCAUUGGCGCACACAGUUACACCACCAGAUGUGGGUCUGUGACUUGGAUGAUGGAUGGGUGCGGUUUGUACUCGAUCCGUUUGCUCCCAGCAACCGGGAUCUUGGGUGGGAUGGAGUUGUGACCAAGCUGUCCAGCCAAUUUGAGAAGGAUUGCUACCAAACGAGUGGCAAUCGCUCCGGGUUCGGGUUGUGGUGGAAACUUCGGGAUGACUUAGAUGACAAUUCACUUGCUAUUUGUGAUCCUUGCUACGCGUCGUAUAUCGCCCCCUCCGACCGUGUAGCAGAUUUCAAAUUCUUGUCGUUGUUGGCGCUGUCCUCGGACCAGGGCCGGCCCUUUCUCUCAUGUGCGAUAAGUGACUUUCGCCUUCAAACGGCAUGGAAUAUGGUUACAUCCUCAGGUCUUCCUACAAGUGCGUGGUGCAAUGCGGCUCGCAUGAUCCUCCACUGCAACCCCUGCACUUCCGAGGGCAGAUUUGGUGGGAAAUGGUAUCGAAUUACCUUAUCUCCAAGUCUCUGUAACAUUUGCCCAGGUUGUUACUACGCAACAUUCGGCCUUAUCGGAUUUGGGUCUCACUUUUCACUGUAUUGUGACACCGGGAACCCGAACAUUGAAGCAGAUCUGCACAAGAGAGUCUGCGAUCUGAAUCCUAGCCAACCACGCUUUGCCCAGCUUUACGAAAAGAUCGAAGAAGCUUGCGCAAUCCGUAAUUUUGAUGUUUUUCUUCGGUAUACCCAAGAAAGGGUAAACUUGCGUCCUUGCCCACGUGCGCUGGCUGCAGACGAUAGCGAAAGCAGGAUAUGGUACGGGAACGGAGACAGUUUCAUUUCUUGCGAGGAGUGUUAUUUCGACGCCAUUCGUACCAGCCCCUUGGCCCAACAUGUGCUGCGGUGCGACCCGCGAGGUUCUCUUCAAAAUGGGUUUUGCAUGUUAUGGUCAGAUCAGAUGAGGAUUCAAUGGGCGAAUGCAUGUCGACGUGGGGAUCUAACGGAGUUCCUGGAGCUAUGUAAAGGUCGAGCUUUGGUCUUUCAGGAAACAGUGGUCAGGGCAUUCCAUAUUGAAGAACGGGAGCGAGAAGUCCGUGGUUCCCGCGGAGACAAACAUGAUGACCAGUUUGGAGAAACAAACAAAGAAAUCAUAGACGGACUGCACCGACAGUGGGAAGGUUGGGAAUGACAACAUCCCGAACGUUUCGUACAUAUUCUCACCUUGAGCAUGUGCGUACAGUGCAAACAAUGCGUACGGCAAGGAUGAUUUUGCGCAAUAUAUUAUACGUUUAUGCCCUCGCGCGAUUGCAGGCAGUACGUUACU